CCUUUACACAUGCAUAAAUAGACGAAAGGUUCUACAUCUUUAAAAAAAACCCACACACACACAACAUAGUAAAUAUUUAAUUUUAGCUUAGCCUGUAAGUACAUAUAUAUCCGCACGUGCCUAACACAUCUCGUAAAAUGUCUCAUUUGAUGCGAUAGGCUGUUUAAGGGAUCUUUACUAUUUUAGAAGCGUUUCAGCGUCGGUGGCUGUAUUGGGAACCUGUUAGGGUCAGUGGCCGCUGGAGAUACUUUCCGACAACUUGAGUGGUGUCAGAAACAGUGUUUGGACCGUGCGCUGUGACAGGAAGGGCGUUUUCGUACACAACAAACAACGUGUCUUGUGUAUGUUACAGAUGCUGUGAGAGUGUCAUGAUCGCAGAACAGAGAGAGCAGUUGGAACACCGUAUGUUGCUCACCUUCUGUAACACUAUAUAGCCCAGCUGUCCGUGUGUGUGUGUGUUUGUAUGGUAUUCCAGCUUAUACCUUGGUUUUUACUAACAAGACUGUAAGGACGCCCACAAAAUCCCUCAGCAUGAUUACAUGGAAUGUCGGUGUUUGGAUUCAUGUCCAUUUUGCGGUGCUCUGCGUCAUCAGUGGAAAUGUUUUGGCAGAAAAUUCAUUUCACGUCAUAGCGCCCUCAAGCAUAUAUUCAGCGCAUGUGUUGCCAUUGUCUACACAGGCCUCUACAGCCAUUGGCAUGAGCACACAUGCUCUUGAAGUCAGUAGCACUAGAACACUGGUUACUGACCUCGCUGCUGUAGAUGUUUCCUCAUCAGUCAUCCAAGACGAUUCUUCAAUUGUCACAAUUCAGCCGACAGCUACAAUAUCGAACAGAAACGAUGGGUUGUCAUCUUCAGCGCCCAUCAUUGCUAGCAGCACAUCUCCUGGGCAUCCGAUUUUGACUUCUUCAAUGCCAGUCGGAAUUUUGAUGGCAUCGGUGACCUCGGUUAGGGAGCAACCAAGUGUGGUCAGCACUACAAUUGUCGCGACCCCUGGCGGUAGCAGCCAAGUGAUGUCGCCAUCAUCGGCGUCAACUCUUAGUGCUAGUGUCGUUUCCAGCAUUGACGACCUGAUGGUCACCCCCUCUCUCACAAAUCAUACUGUGACUAAUACACCGAUUGCAGCUGGACAAUCUUCUAACAUAUUAACUCCUGCCCUCUCAUCUGCUACUAGUCUAGUGUCGGAAACUGCGAUCGGACAUUCUGUAUCUACAUUGGCUAGUGUUUACACAUCAAUUAUCUCAUCAGCAGUAGCACCCUCUUCGUCAUUGUCAUUAUCGUCGUCUUCUGCCAUCGAUUCGAUUGGCGUUUCAUCUGCUAUUGUUCAAUCAUCAAGCAAUAUCACUGUAGAACAGUCAUUAUCAGAGUCAGUUACACCAAAACCAAGCAAGAUAUUCUCUACGUUUGUCCCAAUCACUUUGAAUAUAUUGAGUAAAAUAAACAUAUCCCCGACAAGUAUGGUUCAUUUCCAAUCUUCGUCUAGCCAUAUGAGUUCAGUCGUAUCAUCACUGAAGUCUUUAUCCACAACACAAGGAAUGUUACAUAUCCAAACUACCCGGACAAAACAGGAGACUGCUUCGAUGCUACCAGAUUACUUGAUGACAUCUCACACCACAUCCGAGUUCAUAACUUUAUCUUCAUCUUAUAAAGAAUCAUCUAAGUCAGGCGUGAUUCAGAUUCUGCAUACGAUCUCUUUGCCAGCUACGUCUUCUUCGGUUGACAGAAUGACAAUCACUAGCUCACGACAGGAACAAGUGACUCCAUCAUUGGCCAGUGUUCCGACGAUCGCCACGAUGGCAACUAUGACUCAUAAAACACCUGUGACGGACCGUACUACAUCAGCGCAAAGGGCAUCCUUAAUUUUAAUGUCGACACCAUCUAGUUCUCUACAAUCAUCAGUCGUAAGUUCUCGUGUACAACCUUCAACGUCAGUAAUAACACCAUCCCAGAGUGCAACUCCGGAACAUUCAACCAGUCUAUCCCCAGAACAUUCCAUCACUACCUGGCUACCACCUGUAAUGGCUAGGAAUAUCAGUUUUGAAAUACAGUUCAAUGGUGUGUGCAAUCCUUUAGUUCAAAGGAAAACAGCUUUGGAAAUCUUUUGGGAGGAACUUGUUAUAACACUUGCCAAAACAUUACACAUCGAUCACUCGGAUAUUAAGCCAAAGGACAUCGCCUGUCGACCAAUACGUAUAUCUUUUAUAAUAACGAGUACAACGAGUAAAAAUAUUACAGAGAUCUUAAAGACAUUAGUCGCCGACAGAAAACUAAAAUUUCAAAUUCCGGUUCCGGUUGAAAGGACGGGUUCUAAAUACCAGUAUGAGGCCGUGUCAGUGAAGCGAGUGCCCUUAGAUUAUGAUAUCUCUGGCACUCCUGACUUGUACGAGAUAGGUCUGAACAAAGUGGACAUUAUCGUCAUCAUCGUCGCUUGUUGUGUGUCGUUCAUCCUUAUCUGUAUAGGGUGUUGUAUAUGUCUGCGAGAGUAUUACAUUCGGAAGCGUUCACGUUCGUUUGAUCUUUCCGAUAUUGUAAAUUUCAAUCUCAAAUUAGAGGAUUAUACUUUAACUAAGAUUCCGAGGAAUAAACCAUUUUACUCAGAUAAUGCUGUGAAGAUGCAAUCGUUCACUCGUAAAAAUGGUCAACAGGCAAAGUCACUGCUAGAGCAGGAAGAACGCUGUAACUGUGACGAUGUAAAUGUUAUGAAAGAGGUCAAAGUUCGUAUGAACUCCCAUAGUGACGGGAUCGUGAUUGGUGUAACUGCCACUAGUAUACCAGAUGUAGUGACCAAUCACCAAAUACAGCAUGAUGGUCAGACAGACGAAUCAAAAGAGAUAUUAUUUGAAAAUGAGUCGAGUCCAACACACUGCAUGGACAACCCUAUCUAUUUCGCAGAUGAUGAUAGAUUCACGGCGGUGUAAAGAUGUAAACUUGAACUCACUGUUAGUUGUUUUUGUCUGGCAUUCAUUGCACCACUCAUUUAUUACAUCUAAAUCACCGUAACUCAUAACUCAUAUAAGAUCAUGUGUUGUGAUAUCACGAUUUUGAUUGGCUAUUUCAUUUUUGUCAAAUUCUGACGUCAUCAGCGACAAUGUAUCGAUGUUAUUUCAGAUAUAAUGAUAUAAUUAUAUAUGAAUACAUUAACAUCUUUAAAGAGUUUUUAAUAAAUUACCAUAGAAAUAGAUAAUCAUUUGUCUUUAUUCGAUACAACAUUUUUGCAUCUUUUCUCUCUGUAUAAUAAAGUAGAGAGUUUUUGCAUUCAUAGCCUAUGUACAUUGAAAACAAAACAAGUAUGUAUUUAUCGAAUAACCCAAUUAUUUACUGUCUGUAGUUUGCUCUUUGGGCGCAAAGUAAUGAUUUGGUAUUAUACAACGUACUAUGUUUUAUUUGAAGAAAACGCGUGUUCCCAUCUUUCAAAGUUACCAAAGAAAUAGAUUAUGAUACAAAAAAACAUUGUACAUUUCCGAAUACAUAUAUUUUUACAAUAAAUAAUGACACAUCCG